CUUAAUACACCGACAGAUGCGGUUUUCAACAUAAUACAUGACUAAAACCAUUUACACACCGCAUAGAUAUGUAUUUUGAAGCGAAUAAGCUGUGAUAAAAACGUAAACAGGUGAUCACAGAGUGAUGCUCGAGCGACACUCUUCGUUUUUCACGCACGACUGAAUGCGGUGUCGGUUUCGUGAACGUUUAGGUCGAGAAUGAGCAUUGAUGCUUCAGUUGCUGGUGAUUUUGGGAUGUUUUGAUGUUUGAAUCAAUGGCGGAAGUGAAAUGUAAAUAUGUAACAUGCAGAAGAAUGGCCUAUAUCAUCAUCAUUAUUAUGAUUCACUCAUAGAUAGAUAGAUAGAUGGAUAGAUGGAUGGAGAUAGAAGAUAAGAUGGCCACCUCCUCCUCCUCCAAUCUGGAAGAAGAUGAAAGUCUGAAAGGCUGUGAGGUUUUCGUGCAGAAACACAACAUACAGCAGAUCCUCAAAGAGUGCAUCGUCAACCUGUGCAUCGCCAAGCCCGAGCGGCCUAUGAAGUUCCUGCGGGAACACUUUGAGAAGCUGGAGAAGGAAGAAUGCAAGCAGAUCAUGGCCCGUCAGAAGUCCAAUUCGCAGUCGGACUCUCACGAUGAUGAAGUGUCUCCUCCUCCUCCAAACCCGGUGGUGAAGGCCAGGCGCCGGAGAGGUGGGGUCAGUGCUGAAGUCUACACAGAGGAGGAUGCCGUCAGCUACGUCAGAAAGGUCAUUCCAAAGGACUACAAGACAAUGACCGCGCUGGCCAAAGCCAUCUCUAAGAAUGUGCUGUUUGCCCACCUAGAUGACAAUGAGAGAAGUGACAUAUUUGAUGCCAUGUUCCCGGUCACUCACAUCGCUGGGGAAACAGUAAUCCAGCAAGGUGAUGAAGGAGACAACUUCUAUGUGAUUGAUCAAGGAGAAGUUGAUGUGUAUGUAAAUGGGGAAUGGGUGACCAGUAUCGGAGAGGGUGGUAGUUUUGGAGAAUUGGCUCUGAUAUAUGGAACUCCUCGAGCCGCUACUGUGAAAGCCAAGACUGACCUGAAACUGUGGGGCAUAGACAGAGACAGCUACCGACGCAUCCUUAUGGGAAGCACGUUGAGGAAGAGGAAGAUGUAUGAAGAGUUCCUCAGUAAGGUGUCUAUACUUGAAUCCCUUGAUAAGUGGGAGAGGUUGACCGUGGCCGAUGCUCUGGAGCCUGUGCAGUUUGAAGAUGGCGAGAAGAUCGUAGUGCAGGGAGAACCAGGAGAUGAUUUCUUCAUUAUAACAGAGGGUACAGCAUCUGUUCUGCAGCGCAGGUCUGAUAAUGAGGAAUACGUUGAAGUGGGCCGCCUGGGUCCGUCUGACUACUUCGGUGAGAUAGCCCUGCUGUUGAACAGACCGCGUGCAGCCACAGUCGUGGCCAGGGGUCCGCUCAAGUGUGUGAAGCUGGACCGGCCACGUUUUGAGCGUGUCCUGGGACCCUGCUCUGAGAUCCUCAAGAGGAACAUUCAGAGAUAUAACAGCUUCAUUUCUCUCACAGUCUAACCCGGCCAUCUGACACGUCUAGAGGUUACAGACCUCCGUCAGGUUACUCUGGUGCCUGGUUGCAUAAAAUAAUGUGUGUGGUACUUCAUCAGUUUUGCUUAAAUCAUUAGCUUAACUAUAGUUAAGUUGCUCUGAAUGUGGCAACUAAUAAAAAAACUACUUCUUUUAUGCAGCCAAGCAUUGUUUUUACUUUUUUUGUGUGUGUGUUUUUUUGCAAGAAGCACAAGUUCUCCACCUUUCUGCUUUUUUCCUUUAUGUGAUUUUCUUUUUCUUAUGUGCACUUUGAAUUGACCUAUGCUAUCACAAAGCUUUAUUUCAGCAGAUUAGGAGAGGAAAUGAGGUGCCCAUACAGACUGAUAUGAAACAUCUUCAUGUGGCAUGUGUAAAUGUCCUACAAUAUAUGAUGCAUGCAGACCAGAGAUGCAUUUUGUACACUUGCCGUUCAGCACUGAAGAGGAAAGUAAUAUUACAGAUGGCACAAGUAUAUGAAUAAGUUUACAUAGACGAAAGAGCUUUUGCCUUUUAGCUGUGUGUUUAGUGUGCCGUGUUUAACCCCGCAUGGGUCGUUUUGCUUUCUUGUUUGAGAGCUCUGACCCUUUGAUGCGAAAUCUGUUUAUUGAAAAGCGUUAUUUGCUGUUCUAUAGUGUUUUUUUUUUUUUCUUGGCUGUUUCAUCCACCCUUCGUUCUCUGAGUUGUGCUUCUGCAGCUGGAUUUAAUGGGAAGGGGUUUGUUACAUUUUAAGACACGAGUUUUAAUAUAGAACAGCUAUAAAAGGGGUUUUCAUGGGACUCUCGCUCAAGUCUUAAUGUGUUGUAAGAGUUGAAUCUGUAUGCUGUUGCUUUCUUUUUCUUUUUUUCUUCAAAAUGCAAUUGUAUUACACAAUAAUACACAUCUACACACAUGCUCUUACAUCCUGAGGCCAUGACAUGUUUGGGUGAAUCUCACGAAACCUGUCAAGAACAUGUCCAGGUCGUAUUUCACCCCCCCCCCC